UGCAGCUCCCUAGGUCUAUUACGACCUUCGUACGCAUUGGACACGGAAGCCCUCAAAAUCCUCAACCGGACACCAUAUUACACAUUACAACAACACAAUCUAGCCGUUAGUGGUCUUCCAAUGUCUAAUAAGCGGAGUUCUUCUGACGACUUGGACGUCUCGGUUGUCACACCGAAACGCAAGAUGCUUCAGACAACCCUUACGUCGUCCACAGCAAAACCGGAGGUUGAUUGCUGGAGAAUUUCUUCCUCAUUGCUUAUCUACACGCAUCCGGAUUGUAUCCCGAGUUCAAAGAUACUUGCGCUUGACAUGGAUGGGACCAUUAUCACCACAGCAUCGGGUAGAACAUUUCCGAAAGACUGUAAUGACUGGAAGUACUGUUUAAUCAUGAGAAAAAAAUUAGAAGAAUAUCACUGCAAAAGCUACAAGCUGGUCAUAAUGUCUAACCAGUCAGGUGUCACCAAAGGUCAUCAAGAUGUGUCAUCAUUUCAGAUAAAAGUUGAAAACAUAGUCAGCAAGAUAGGCUUACCUUUACAGUGCUUCUACUCCAUUCUUCCCGACCGAAAUCGAAAGCCUCUUACCGGCAUGUGGGCUGAGCUAGAGACCGGUUGUAACGGUGGUGUCCCCAUAAGCAAGAAGGAUUCUCUCUACUGCGGCGAUGCUGCCGGGCGUCCUGCCGAGGGCUCAAGGCGGAAAGAUCAUUCGUGCGUGGAUCGUUUGUUCGCUUUAAAUUUGGGUCUGCCCUUCCUCACUCCGGAAGAACUUUGGUUUGGACAGAAUGGAACUGGAAAUUUUUCCCUACCUGCUUUCAACCCCAACACUUUGUUGCAACACGUGCAACCGGAACUCCCUUUAUUCACACAGCCUGCGAAAACUGAGUUGAUUGUUAUGGUCGGCUAUCCGGCUUCUGGGAAAUCGUAUUUCUGUCGGACAGUGUUGGCGCCUUUGGGGUAUCGGAUUGUUAGUCGAGAUAUCCUUGGCACAUGGCAAAAAUGUGUGAAAUCUUGCUCGGAUAGUCUAUCCGAGGGAGUAUCCGUCGUCGUGGACAACACCAACUUAGAUGUUGAGUCACGCUCCAGAUACAUCAAAGUGGGUAGAGAGGUUAACGUUCCGGUCCGAUGUUUUAUGAUGCAAACCGACGUCGAUCACUCCCGACAUAAUGAACGAUUUCGUUACCUCACUGAUCCGGCCCAUCCACAUGUCAACCAAAUGGCUUUCAAUAUGUUAAAAUCCAAGUACACUCCGCCCGCACUGAAGGAAGGCUUCACUGAGCUGCUCUCGAUACCGUUCAUUUUGGAUAGAAACCAUAAGGAUAUCUCGCUGUACUGUAUGCACUUGUUGGAAAGGUAGCUAAUACGAUUUGUGACACUAUUACUCUUUUACACACACACACAUUAUUUUGGUGUUUUUCACUCGAGAUGCCAUCGUUGCUACCGGUUCAUUCUCUGGCUUCAUUUUAAACUAGAUGAUUUCUAACAAUAAAAACUUCUCCCAUGCCUUGUUUUUGUUCCCUGUUCUCCAUUUGGUUCUCCUUUCGUUCCUGUUUGUUUCACCUUGUCAUCUACUCACUGAUUUCAACUUGAACGCUUCUCUGUGUGGUUCCGAAUACUCCUCGGCAGGUGUUCAACUCCCUUAACCAUCUACUAGCUCAUGAUACUUAACGAUUGUGCCAAUUAGAACUGAUGUUACUCCCACUACUCCUCGAAUGGACGUCUUUAGUUAUGAAAGAAAAUGUCACACUGUUUGAAAUGCAUCCGGACCUCAAUCCCCUAGCUUGUAGUUUACAUUUCAUUUUGUGGGGUUUCAUAUACGGUCGCGUUAACGCACCUUACGAUGAGUGAUUCAUUAUACAUUCUCUCUUUUUU